CUUUCCUCGAUGGCCGCCAACUCUCCUCUUCUGCCACAGAGCUGUCACAAUGGCGGCGCCCGUGUCAUUAGCAUGGAGGCGCACGGACUUUACGAGGUUACGACUUGUAUGCAAGCCAGCAGCUUCGACUACAGUCUUACCAAGGCGAUGGUCGUCGGCGGGCGGUAUUUUGUCUUCAUUGCACAAACGGGGACUUAUAAAAGACGCUUUCCCGGACGCUUCUUCUCGGCUCCUGCUGCCGGAGCUCCUCCAGUCCGUUCCCCAGACGGUCUACUGCGGCUUCGACCCCACGGCUGACAGCCUGCACAUUGGAAACUUGCUGGCAGUUCUCGGUCUGCUCCACUUCCGCGACGCAGGGCACAAUGUCAUCGCGCUGAUCGGAGGAGCCACAGCUCAGAUCGGUGACCCCAGCGGGAAGCAGACCGAGAGAGACAGAAUAUCUGAGGAAGUGGUGGCCAGAAAUAGUGAAGGCAUCCGAGAGUGCCUUCACAGAAUCUUUGACAAUCAUGAUAAUCUUUACCUACAGUGCGUAAAGAGCCCCGGCGCUGUGACUGUCUUAAAUAACAACUCGUGGUACCGGGGCCGAGGAGUCGUGGAGUUCCUGGCCGCUGUAGGUCGCCAUUUCCGAAUGGGCACCUUGCUGAGUCGCCACAGUGUACAGAGUCGACUUAAAAGCAGCGAAGGCAUGAGUCUCACCGAAUUCUGCUAUCAGGUUUUCCAAGCGUUUGACUUUUACUACCUGAAUCAAAAUCACGGCUGCAAGAUCCAGUUAGGAGGCACGGAUCAGUUGGGCAACAUCAUGUCCGGUUACGAAUUGAUUCACAAGUUAACUGGACAGGAUGUGUUUGGACUGACAAUUCCUCUAAUUACCAGUAUGUCUGGUGACAAACUGGGAAAAACCGCUGGAAAUGCAGUGUGGCUCAGCAGAGACAAGACCUCACCUUUUGAACUCUAUCAGUAUUUUCUGAGGCAGCCAGACACAAGUGUUCACAGUUACUUAAAGCUGUUCACAUUUCUCAGUUUACCUGAGAUUGAACACAUUGUGGAAAUGCACAAGAAGGAGCCAGAAAAAAGAGGUGCACAGAAACGCUUAGCUGCUGAGGUUACAAAGCUUAUUCAUGGCAAGGAUGGUUUAGAAAGUGCAAAAAGGUGUACUAAUGCCCUGUACCACAGUAGUUUAGAAGCAUUAGAGGCAAUGUCUGACCAAGAACUUCAAGAACUCUUCGGAGAAGCUCCAUUCUGUGAAAUUUUCUUGGAACCCGGCACCACAGUGCUAGACAUGUGUCGUAAAGUUAAUGCCAUUCCUGAAGGACCAAGAGGAUAUCACAUGGUAACAGAGGGUGGUGUAUGGAUAAACCAUUCUCGUGCCACCAACCCAGACCAGAUCCUGAUCCGAGGCCAGCACAUUUUGCAGAACAGCCUGUCUCUUAUUCGCAUUGGAAAGAGGAAUUUCUACAUUGUGAAGUGGCUCAGUCUUUGAUAUUUCAGUCCUGACCCCUUUUUAUAAAUCUCUCACUGUGUGAGCUUGUACAGAAAAACCCGGAUGCCAUGUCAAACAGUUUUCAAAAUGCAUAUUUUUUUUCUGUCUUCUUUCACUGACGUGUUAUGCAGUUCACCAACCUGACUUUUUUUUUGUUUUUAAGAUAAACUUUUAAGUCUUGAGGACAAAAUAAAGAAGCAGCAGCAGA